AUGAUUCCCAUUCUCUCCUUGCAAAAGCAGCUGGAUACUCCCUGUAGUAAAGCAGAGCCUAAAAUAGAAGUGACGUCACAGAAUGAAGAUGUUGUGAAACGAGCAGAAGCCUCUCAGAAGCGGAGCAAGCAUAUAAAGAGGCAAGCUGGAGAUAAAAUCAUCACAACAAAGAAAGUCCGUCGGACAGGUCACAACAGUAAAGGCCUCCCUGGUGAAAUGUACAUGCGGAUGCUACAGAUGAUGAUCUUGCCCCUCAUCAUAUGCAGCGUCAUCACAGGCACGGCCUCGGUUGACCCCAAAUGUAACGGACGCGUCAGUAUUGCAGCCUUAACCUACAUCAUGGUCACAAACACCUUCCCAUGCCUCCUCUCUAUAGCGCUUGCCUUCGCUAUAAAACCAGGCGUUGGGAUGAGCGAUUUGAAGGGGGAUGCUGUCGCACAGACGGACCCCGAAAACAUCAUCUCAAAACAAGACAUCUUAGCCGACCUGAUCAUGCGAGAGAACAUCGCACCAAGCAAUCUCAUCACAGCCUGCUUUCAACAGGCUCAAACAAAGUAUGCGAUAAAAGAAGAAAUCACGAUUCGAAACGUGUCUGGCAUCCUUGAGAACAUCACGACCAUCACGAAGACACGUGUCCCUGGCGCCAGUAACUCCCCGAAUGCUCUCGGACUGGUGCUGUGCUGUAUGAUGUUCGGCAUCGCUAUAUCCACCAUAGGGAAGGCAGCCAAACCGUUCUUCGUCUUCUUUGAAGCAGCUACCAUUAUCAUCUUUAAGAUCUUGAACUGGCUUAUAUGGUACACGCCGAUUGGAGUUCUAAGUCUGAUAGCUGUUGCCAUAGCGCGGGCGGAUAACAUCCUGGAGACGUUCCGAUCCCUUGGGCUGUUCGCAUGCACUGUGGUGGUCGGCCUGCUCCUCUACCAGUUUCUCAUCCUGCCCCUGGGAGUGUUCGCCGUCACCAGACGGAACCCGUACAAGAUACAGGCGGAGUACAGUCGAGCCUGGAUGGUUACGUUUGCAUCGGCUUCAUCAGCAGUAGCUAUGCCUGAAGGCCUUCUCGCCCUUGAGAGGCUCCACGUCGACAAGAGAGUGGCACAGUUCGUCGUCCCCCUCUCUUCCGCAAUUAACAGGGACGGCAGUACGAUGUUCAUAGCAGCUGCGUGCAUCUUUAUCAGUCAGAUAGAAGGCAUGGAAGUAGAUGGCAGUAAAGUAAUAACGAUAUGGAUUCUGACAGCGGCCCUUUCUCUGGCCGUUCCCGCCCUUCCCAGUUCCAGCAUCGUGUGUGUCAUCAUCAUCUUGACCGCCCUUGGUGUACCCAUACAGCAAACUGGCCUCCUCUUUGCUCUGGACUGGUUCCUAGAUCGCAUGCGUGGUGGUGUGAACCAAAUCAGUAUGGGCUACUGUGCAGUUGUCGCCUACCACUUCUCCAAAUCUGUACUGCCGAAAGAAGACAGCGACGAGGACAGCAUUGAGGCGUAGUUGAUGGCAUCCGCAGUGACGAGUUUGUUAAGCAGUGCUUUACGAGCACAGGACUUUAACAACACAUGUGUCCAUGUACUUUACCAGGGAAACUUCAUGUAAUCUGAUCAGAAUUGACGGUGGUGUCGGUAGCAGUUAUGACACAGGGGGGACAGUACAUUUAAAAUAUCAACGCAAGAAAAUAACCAGACUCUAUUAUACGCCAAAAUAGAUUCCACAGGGUGCAAAAAACAAAAUCACAAUUAUAAUAGUGGAUAUAAUAUGUAUCUCCAGUUUUGCUUAUCUGAAUCACCCCUGGAACAAAUGGGUUUGUCAAUAUUUACGAAUGUUCGACCCGAAUAUUUUAUAACAUACGUUUUUUCCCGGUUCCACUUAAAAUUGAUAUACAAAUAGUGUGUAGCAGAAUUCUGCACCGUAGCUCUAUUGAUGUGUGUAUUCCUACACCUGGAAAGUUUAUCAAUCUCGUCAUUUUUGUCUGUUUUGAUAUAUACAACUGUUUUUGGUUAAACUAUUCUAGAUAAAACAUGUUUUACGUUGUCGAAUUUAAUUAUAAGUAUUGACUGUGUAUUUUUUUCUGUUCAUUGAGGUAUCCGCGUAGCGGAUUCUACCAAAAGUUUGCACAUCGGUUUUUCGAUUCAUACCUCAAUGAACCGAAAACAUUUCACAGUUGAUUAACAAUACUUUGUGUUUUCUUAUUUAUGGAAUUAUGGAAAACUACUUUGUUUUGCGAAGGUGUGAAGAAAAUACCUGCAAUUGGGUCACUGCGCACUAAUUUAUCCGGUAAUGUAAAUCACCUAAAAUGUGCGUCACAAUAAAAUCUG